GGCAAAGCGAAAGCGAGGACGGCAGCUUCCAGCUUGCCCAGCCAGGCGCCGGCCUCUGCCUUGGCGUGCGCGGCGAGGGCCGCAAGGGCAGCUUGGCCAUGGUGGGCUGCGAUUCCUCCUCGCUGGUGGACACCACGAGGUGGCAGAUGGAUAGUGGGGUCCUCAAAAACGUGCACUGGAGCCUCUGCGUCGACGCCGGCGGCAACCAGGUGCCCAUCCCGUACCCCUGCUACCCCGUGGGCACGAACCCGAAGCAGGUGUUCAGGCUCCACGAGAACGGCUGGAUCGAGCAGCCUCGCACAUGGGCAGACAACGGCCGCAACCGCUGGCCAGCCAAGUGCCUGGACUCGCGCCCUGUGGAACCCGUGGCCCUCGGGGUGCUGAAUUGCAGCCAGGUGCGCGCGCCCAACUGGGAGCGGAUCUGGCCAGCGGUUCCCCUGGAGACCGAGCUCUGGACCGCGGCCCAGAGCAGGCUGCCGGCGUAGCGACAGCGCGGCCGCCGCGAGGGGACGGCGCGGCGGGGGUGUAACAAGCUGCGCCCCGCGAUCCACCUCCACCUCCUUGUCC